AUGAAACUCAACGCUUUGAAUGUCAGUUUCACUCUUGCUUCGCUUGCCGGAUCUGCUUUGGCAGGUGCAGUCUAUACUCUCAAUGAUAGAAUCGUUGGUGAAGGCUUCUACAACUCCUUCAGUUUCGAGGCUAUCGCCGACCCCACUCACGGGCGUGUGACAUAUGUGGACCAAGAAACAGCACAGAAACUCAACCUGACCUAUGCCACGAGCAAUACCUUUAUCAUGCGUGCAGAUGACACCACGGUAUUGACCCCCAGCGGCCCUGGCCGGAAUUCGGUCAGAAUUCUGUCCAACCGCCAGUACACAACGCAUGUUGUCGUCUUUGAUAUGCAGCAUAUGCCCGAAGGUUGUGGAACAUGGCCUGCUGUCUGGGAAACCGACGGAUCCAACUGGCCUGCUGGUGGUGAAGUCGAUAUUGUCGAAGGCGUGAACAAUGUGGAGCCUAACCAGUCGACACUCCACACCAGCCCAAACUGCUCCAUGCCAGCUUCCGCUUCCCAAUUAGGAACCACAGCUUCAACCAACUGUGACGCUACAGUCAAUGGAAAUUCAGGGUGUGGUGUGCGGCUCACGGAAGACUACAACAGUUUUGGUCCAGGAUUCAACAGCAUCAAUGGAGGAUGGUAUGCCAUGGAGCGCACGAAUAGCUAUAUCAAGGUUUGGUUCUGGGAGAGACAUGACAAAUCUGCUCCCUUCGAUGCUACCACCGGUGCAUGGGUCAUCGACACCAACUUCUGGGGAACUCCUGCUGCCUACUUCCCUAACACCUACUGUGACCUCGAGUCUCACUUUGAUGCCAACAACAUUAUCAUCAACUUGACGUUAUGCGGCGACUGGGCAGGCAAUGCGGCUGUCUAUGCUGCUUCUGGAUGCCCAUCAGACUGCGUGAGUUACGUCGACAACAACCCUACGGCGUUCACAAACGCCUACUUCCAGUUCUCAUCCAUCAAUGUUUACACAUAG